UCUGGAUGUUGCAAGCCCCCGACAGAGUGUGGUUACAGGUAUGAGAACCAGACAGUGUGGAGCUCAGAAGGAGUUGUGGGAAGUAACAACACAGAUUGCAGAAAGUGGAGCAAUGAGCAAAGCUUGCUUUGCUACGACUGUGACUCAUGCAAAGCUGGUGUGCUGGCUACACUGAAGAAAACUUGGAGGAGGGUCUCUGUAGUCAAUAUCGUUGUGUUACUUUUCCUUUUCCUUGUUUACAUAGUUGCUUAUGCAGCCUACAAGAACAACCGCAGAAUAGAUAACUGCCAACCCUGCGGUGAAACAAAGAUCAUCAAGUUACGACCCUCAUGUUACUGA